AUGGAGCAUCGGAGCUUAGUUCAAGGUGAGGCUGGAGCGCUAAGCAGGCAGCGUAUGAAGAAUGCGGUCUUCAAUCUUGACUUGGAAUUCUUCGGCCUGUACUUCAUUUCUGAUGCUAUUUUGAUGUCGGAACUCGACACUGCCAGUUAUGUUCAUGUCGUGGCUCGUGUGUACUAUACUGGAUUCUAUGUAACAAGCGAUUUCCAAUUUAUUCGCCUUGGUGCCAAUGCAAACUACAACCAGGAGACGCUUUCUCAAGACAGCCAAACGAUACUCGACGAAGUGUUCGGCCGACAUACGUACACACAUACAUCAGCAAUUGAAGCCGGUCUUCGUGGUCUUAGUGGCGCAUUUGUUAUCAACUGGCAUAAGCUGUGA